AAGGGGGUAAAAGGAGAAAGAACCCUGUCUUGUUUGUACCAAUGCACUCUGAACGCCAGGAUCACAGUUGUGAUUAUUGCUAAGGGUUAAUGAAAGCUCACUCAGACCCCAGGAACAUUGCACUUGCAACUUCAGAGUGGCGGCCCACCACCUGUUGGACUUGGAGCUGGAGCUGAGAGCCUGGCGCUGCAGUCUGCCUCCUGCAUGUUUCCUGCAUGUUUCAGAUUGUUAACACAGCUGAUUUGUUUGAUUUAUUGAUGAAUCACUCCUGUAGAAACUAAUGAAGGCUGAGGAGACAUUUCAGCUGUUAGAUUAAGGUGUUUAAAAAUUGAUCGCGCAGCAAGGAGUUUGGUGAUUUGGAAGAAGACCUUUGUGAGAUUGAGAUGUUCUCCAAGUGGAAGUGGCUGAUUGUGAUCCAGCUCCUGCUUAAUGAACAGGUUCUGUCCAGAGUCCCGCCUCCUUUAACGAAGACGAACCCAUUACUUCACAGAACUCGCCCCCAUGAAGACAUGGAGGAGAAAGCCAAACAGGACCACUACACUCUUCUGGGUUCCAAUUCUCUGUCCACACUUUCAUCCACAGAUGAAUCUGGACCCGAAUCACCACUUUCACAAGAAGAAGACAGGGUCCGAUCUGCUCGACUUAUAACAUCAGUCCUCAGAGCUAAACUUCAGGGACGGAUUUUAGAUCAUCUCCACAUUAAAGAGAAUGUGAGCUGUGAGGAGCUGCUGUCUGCCAGCACCGUGGACGAUUCGCUUUCCUCCAGGUUUCCUCAGGAGCUGCUGGGUCUCUCUUUAGUGCCGGUGUUGUUGGUGGCAGGAUGUCAAAAGGAGGCUCAGACCCUUGUGCUGACGCUCUAUAACCUGCUAGGAAAGGCUGAUACAGAAGAGCUGCUGAUGGAGGUGGAGGCUCUCAUGGAGAGGAAGAUGAGCAGAUCCACAUCCACACCAGCACCUGCGUCAUCAGUCGCAGCAACAUCGCCUUCAGAAAGAGAAGAAGCAGGUCGACACAUAGAUGCUGUGAUGUUUAACAUUCAGCAGCUGGCCUUGCUGCGAGACAGCACCUCUUCACAGGUAGGCCAGUGUGGGGGCUGGACCCAGGUGAAUGGGACCAUGCUGGUGGGAACUGCUGUUAAAGGAGCUUCUGGUGGACUAGAUGAUGCUGUGAGCAGCUGUGAAAGACUUGGGGUUCUGUGUGCUGGGGUCACAAGUGGCGGGCCUCUCAUGCCUGGGUUGUACCAAGCAGUGUUGAAGAAAGGUAGCAGCAUCUUUCCAUCUGUGGAGUCGGAGUGCUGGAUCCGUCUGUGUAGCACCCAGGAAGAAGUUCUAAUUGUCACAGCCUCAGGUCAGCGGACGAGGCGCAGCCCCCACACGAACUGCAUCAAUGAAAACGAGGAGCGUGUGUACAAUAUAAUGGAGUGGAUACCUGGAGUCAGCACCCUGUACAACCUUGGCACAGCUGUGUACUACGCCUCGGUCAAAUGCACUGCCAUAGCCAAGGAGAGAGCCCUCCUCAGCGCUGUCGAUCUGGGAACAGAUGCCCUGAUGGUCGCCACAGGCGGGACCGCUGGGGUGGCCGGCUACGCUCUGGGGGCUGGGGUAAAGACCGGGGCGAAGGCUGGAGUCAGGAUGAGUCAGUGGGAGCGUCUGAUGUUGUUGUCUACUGGUUACAUACAACAGCUCCAUGAUCUCUAUGACAGAGAUGGUCUGCCCAUGGAUGUUAGACAUCACCUGUCAGCUUGGAUAGAAAAGCAGGACUGGGCACGAGCAGCACAGGACCAUGAACAUGCUGUGGUGCUGUUCCAGGUCCUGCUGGAGAACUUGGAUAUCCAACACAGCCGCUUUGUUCAGGAGGAGUCGUUUUUACAGCAGCACAACAUCAGGCGCUACAAACAGAACUUCCAGAUGUAUCAAGAUGAGCCAUGCUCUUUGGCAGAAACAAUCCUGUGGUUUUUGGUUCAAGAGAAGAAAAUCCUAUCUAGCGCAGAUCUGGAUGAACAGGUGAGGCAGCUGCAAGUCGAGCAGGAACCCAUGGAGACGAGCUGUCAGCAGGAACUUGAACGUAAAAUGGCCAGUUUAAGGAACGAUGUGCAGUAUUUGGAAAAUGAAAUCAGCAAUCUGGAAGAACAGCAAGACGAGUUUGAUUUUAAAUUUCAGACUUCCAAAAUGGAAGCUGCAGUAGACGAGGCAUCGACAAAGAAACGGAAUCAAAUUCUUCAGUCACUCGUCAAUAAAUUGAAUGAGAGCAGAAAGAGCUCAUUGAAAAACCUGACUAAGCUUCUGGGCCGGGCCGAGGAUCUGAUCAACCUGCUGGUGAACAGAGAGCUAGUGGACUGGCAGAGGAGGCAGCAGAAAGCCUGCAUCGGCGCUCCGGAUAAUGCUUGCUUGGAUCAGUUGGAGAAGUGGUUCACCUGUGUGGCCGUGUGCCUGUUCCAAGUGCGGGAGUUUCUGAACAAACUGGAGGAGCUGGUAGGAAAAGUGUCCUAUGAAAAUGACCCGGUGAAGGCCCAGAGACCUCAUCUGCUGAGGAGUACAGACGGUCUUCUCGAAGAGCUACUCAAGAGCUCGUUUGUGGUGGAGACUCAGCCAUCCAUGCCACAGGGUAAAGGACCUCUGGUUCUUCGAACAAACACCCAGUUUUCUGUCAAGACCAGACUCCUGGUUAAGUUCCCUGAACUGAACCACUGCAUGAAAGUGGAAGUGUCCAUGGUCAGGGAGGCUCCUCACAUCAAAGGAUACCGCCGUUUCAAUGUCCUGGGAACCAAGACUAAAGCGCUGAACAUGGCGGAGAGCCACAGCGGGGGCAUGGUGGCAGACUUCAGACAUCUGACUCUGAAGGAGCAGAAAUCUGGAGGAGGUGGUAAAGGAGUCAGCGAUAUCUCUUUGAGUGUUACAGAGGAGCUGCACAUCAUCCACUUCAACACCGUAUUUGAGCACAAAGGCUUCUCAGUUGAGUUGCAGGCCUCCUCCCUUCCUGUGGUGAUUAUCUCCAACUCCAGCCAGCAGCAGAGUGCGUGGGCGUCUGUGCUCUGGUUCAACAUGCUCAGCCAGGAUCCCAAGGAUGUCAAGUUCUUCGCCAAUGUCCCUGCAGCACCUUGGCCACAGUUUGCAGACAUGCUGAGCUGGCAGUUUCUGUCUGCCACAAAACGUGGUCUGGAUGAUGCUCAGCUGGGAAUGAUCGCACACAAGCUCUUUGGGAAGCAGCAGAACUAUGACAUCUGCAAAGUACCAUGGUCAAGAUUUACUAAGGAAAAUUCUCCCGAGACCUUCUGGGUUUGGUUUGACGGCAUCCUGGUGAUGGUGAAAACAUAUCUGGAGGACCUUUGGAGAGAAGAUCGCAUCAUGGGUUUUGUGAGCAGAGGCAAAGAGAAGUCCCUGCUGAAGAAGAUGAUGAGAGGCACGUUCUUACUUCGCUUCAGUGAAAGCAUCAUCGGAGGAAUCACCUUCUCCUGGGUGGAAAUCAACUCCACUGAUGAGCCCGACAUAAAGACGGUCCAACCCUUUACAAAGGCUGACCUUUCUCAGAUCCCUUUCCAUGAAAUCAUCAGGAAUUUCAAGAUCUUGGAAGCUGAUAACAUCCCAGAAAAUCCUUUACGUUAUCUGUAUCCCAACAUCCCAAAAGACGAGGCUUUUGGGAAGUACUACUCAGAAAAGUGUGGAGAUGACAGCCCCUACAUAAAGUACAUCAAAACCAAGCUGGUGUUUGUCUCUAAAGAGAACACACUGGAGGCCAGGUCACCCAUGUCCUGUGACAUGACACAGGGUGAAGGCCUGGAGCCAAUCAGUGGCCCAUGUGGAGAGGCAGCGGAACAAGGGGUGGAUCUUCCUUUGCAGUCACGGAUGGAAACGUUUCACCAUGAUCCCAUGCUGAGUGACAUCGCUGAACACCAGGACAACGAGUUACUAAUGUUUCUCAACGACCCCAACAGCUUCAGCGACUCGGACUUCCUGCAGCAUGAAGCACUGCUUCCUGAUUUUACCCUUCCAGGGCUUAACCUGCCUCCCCCUCAACCCUGUGGAGGCAUUUUCCAGUAGAUGUUUAGCCACAGCGUAUUUCAUCACGUUCGCUUUAGCUUCAUAAUCAGGUCUUAAUGAACUUGCAACUAAUUCUCUGCGUUAACUGACGAUCUAUCCCAUAAUCACUGUAGUAGUUAAUAUCAUGCAAGCAAAACACAGAUCACUGAUUGAGCCAAUGGAAUACCUGUCCAUAUGAAGAUUAAGAGGAAUUUGAAGAAAACAAACUGACCACUGUGGAGAUGUAUUGCAUAAAGCACUUUACACCACAUCACAUCGAUGGCACUUAAAUGACUGUAAUGGUGUUUGUUGUGAAGCCCGUUUAGUGUUUUAAUGUCUGCAGCUGGAGCGUGUAAAGGAUUGUUCCAGAGCAUGGCAAUCCUGUUAUUAUUAAUGUCAAAUAAUGUUAUGUGCUCGUUCCAAACAAAUGGUGGUUUUUCAAAAAUACCCAGAGAACAUUUUUAUUUGCUCUUUGUUUUUUCCCCUUUUGGCUUGUUUUUGUUGUACUUUUUAGCUGUGAUCCCAGUCCUUUCCCGUCUGUGCCACGGCCCCGUGUCUAAAAUAAACGUUUGUAAAGAAAA